AGAAAGAAGACAGAAACAUUACCUAAAAAAGUAAAGCAUUAUUUUUCAGAAUUCUCGGGACAUCAAUCCAGACAUGAAGAUCCUUUUAGUUAUUACAAUUGCUGUCUUUACUGGCUGCCAAGCCAGUGUUAUAUGGCAGGAUGAAGCCAAACCUAGUAUAGAAAUGGUGAAAGAUGCAUUCUGGGAUUACGUGUCCAAGGCAACGCUAACAACUGAAGAAAUCCUGCAGAAGAUUAAGGAGUCUGAAACAGGGCAAGAAGUCAACACAAGAAUCUCUGAGAGUGGAGAUGCCAUCAACCAAUAUGCUGUGGCUGUUAGUGGUCAAGUAACUCCUCUGACUCAGGACCUGCUGGCUAAGAUGUCCCAGGAGGCAGAGCAGCUCAAGGCACGUUUGCAGCAGGAUAUCAGCUCUGUGAAGACCCAGCUGGAGCCAUACAUUGAGGAACUGACAUCGGAUAUCCAGCAGCAGGUGGAGCAGUGGAAAAAGGACGUGGCUCCCUAUACAGAUGUUCAGCAAGCUGAGGUUGUAAGAGCUAGUCUGCUUCAGAAGAAUAAGGAGCUGAAAAUAAAUCUGGAGAAGAGUAUGAGCGAUCUUCAGGCCAAGCUGGGACCCCAAGCAGAGGAGCUGGAGAAAUAUCUACAGGACUUCCAGAAGAACAUGGCUCAGGUUGUUCAGAACAGUGAGAAUGUGCCCCAGACAUUGGAUCCUUAUGCCCAAGACCUGAAGACCCAACUCACUGCACUGUGGGAGUCAUUCACCAAAAACAUCCAGUAAUCACACUUUGCCUGAUGUUUUCAUACUUAUAAACUUGUAGUGGAGUAACAGAGAACGUUUAAAUGGUGUUAAGGCUUGCUGAUUCGAGCAGUUUUUUAAUUUUGUGCUUUUUGUAAUUUAUGUUUUUAUUUGAGCAAUAA